AUGGAUCAUCCGAGCGAUGAAGAACCAGAAUACAUAACUACGUGUAAAAAUCAGAAAUUUAAAAAAAUUCUUAGAUUACUGAAUUAUGUGGAUCGUAAUGUAAACCGCGAUGGGAAAUUUCGGGGAUUGAACAUCCUGGAAAUCAAAAUAAUUUCCGUAGAUUCUAACUGGAGAGGUAAAGGGAUUGCCAAAGAGCUUGUGGAAAAAUCACUGGAAAUUGGAAAGGAGAAAGGCUUUCACAUUACACGUGUUGAUUGUUCAUCCUUCUUUUCUGGGAAACUCUGCUUACGAUUGGGCUUUGAACAGAUAUAUGAACUCAAUUAUACAGAUUACGUAGAUGAGGAAGGUAAUCCUGUAUUUUCCCCCGCAUUUCCACAUGCAGCAAUUGCCACGUACAUUAAGAAAUUGUAAAAAGCGACACGAUAUGCAUAUAAAAUCGAGAGUACCUGUUUAAAAUCGUGGAUAAUUUUAAAAACGCACUCUUAUAUCUACAUUUCUUUUCUAACAUCCGAAUACAUUGUACAUUUCUUUUUUAAAUGUUUAUUUUACUUAUUUAUUACUUUUCUAUGUAUAAAUCAGUGUUACACGGAUUUAUUUAUAUUAUUAUAAUUAUUUCGUCGCUAUAGAAACGGAUUGUGCCAAAAUGCCAGCAAUAAUAAUGUAUAAUAUGCAUGUUGAUCAAUUUGAACUACAGACGAUUAUUGCAUUAAUAUAUAUAGAAGUUACAUGUUUAAUAUGUUUAUUGUUUAUUAUAUGUUUAUUGUUUGCUAUGUACAAUAUCAUUUAAUAUGCUUAUUGAAUAUAUUUAAGAUAAUAAAUUUGUUAUUAUUGCAAUGAAUUUAUACACAAAAAUAAAAGUAAUAUAAUCUAUUUUAUCUAAAAAAAUAAAUUUUAUAAUGUACAACCCAUUGCGUAUUGUGUAAAUUACAAAUGUAUAAUUAAAUAAAAGAAAAUUCCUAAAAAUUUUCUACAUCCAAGUAUAUAAUAUAUACAUCCAAGUAAAUACACUUUCUUUAUGUGUUAUUUAUCAUCUUUAAACUGUUCUGCCAUCAUUUUUUCAAAUAUUUUUAAUUUUUCUUUAAAUGUUUUAUUUUCAUACUUUUUUAGAUUAGUUUCACAUUCUACUAAAAUUUGA